AUGGCCGAUCUGCCGUUUGAGUGGGAGGAUGGCAGCUGCAUCUCCCCCUUUGUGGCCUCCAGCGAGGCGGACACGGAGGCAUUCGCGGCAUGGGUCACCGAGCGUUACCUCACCCCGAUCGUGCAGCACAUCACCGCUUCUUCUCGCGGCUGCGAAGGUCAGCUCUGUGCCACCUCUCAACCAUGUGAAAUGCGGCUUACAGACCUUGGCUGUGGUGACGCCACGGCGGCACUUUCCUUGGUGCAGCACCUUCGCAAAGGCUGGUGCAACCUGCAAGGCGCCACUGAUGAUGCCCCGUCGCCGGACGGUGCGGCCUGUUUGCGUAUUACUCUGACAGGCAUCGACCUGGAUGAUGCGCUUCUGGACACCGCGGCAGCAAACGCGUCCGCCUUCACUGCCGCAGCCGCCUUGCCGUUGUCGUCGCUGGUGUCGGUCGAGACGCAUAUUCUUUCUCAGGACAUCCGCACUGCAGACUUGAAUGUAUGCUUCCCCCGCUGCGUGCAGGGCGGCACCGCUUCUUGUUCCGCCCCGACCCGGCCUCCAUACGUACUGUACAUGUACCUUCUGCCCGACGCACUCGCUCUGCUGCGGGAGAAGCUGGUAGACAUCAUGGAGCGUGGCUGGGUGGUGGCGUCGAACCGCUGGCCCAUCCCGGGGCUCGAAGCCUUCCUGCGUGACCGUGCCGGGCACGUGCACAUUUACUUUCACGCGGCACUGUAG